AUGUCUGGGGGACCAGUCAGUGGGAGGCUGCUGAGGGUAACAGCCCGGGAGGCGCGGCGAGUGCGGCGGGGAAGGCUGAAGCCGGAGGCAGCAGGAGUCGCUGGGGACGUGCCCUGGCCCGGCCCAGGCAGGGAGUGCGGGGGACCCAGGCGGGACCUGCACCACCACCUGAUCCCAGACCUACAGGACCAGUUACACCCUGGGGUAACUGAUGGAAAAUAUGACUGUGGUCGGUCCGCUGUGAGUCAGCCGGCCGGAACCAGCCAGAAGGAGGAAGGGCAUUGCCGGGGCGGGGACUCGGGCUUUAAAGGCUCGUGCGCUGGCCAUUCUCGCAGUGCUCCCAGCCCCGGACCCAUGGCAGGUGCCCUCCGCGCGGCGCUCUUUCUCGGCGUCCUGGCUCAGCUACCGCCUGAUUUUCUUUGGGCGUCCCCGGUCGGUACCCACUCUCUUUGCCUCGACUUCACUGUCAAAUCUCAGUCCAGACCUGGGGAGUCCUGGUGUGAAGUGCAGGGCUCAGUGGAUAAGACCGCUUUCCUUCAGUAUGACUGUGAGAGCAAUAAGAUCAAACCUUUGGGUCACCUGGGAAAGGAGGUGAAUGCCACCAAAACAUGGACACAAUUGACAGAAAUGCUGAGAGAACUGGGGCAAGAUCUCAGGAUGAUUUUGCUUGACAUAAACUUGGAACAAAAGAUGGCCAGGGGUCAUCUCACCCUGCAGGCCAAGAUGUCUUGUCAGCUUGAAGGAAACAAUGACCUUGGUUCAUCCUGGAAUUUCAGCAUUGAUGGACAGCCAUCUCUCUGCUUAAAUGUGAUGCACAUGGAGUGGACAGUGAUUAAUCCUAGAGCCCGGGGGAUCAAGGAGAAGUGGGAGAAUGACAAAGAACUGAGAGAACAUUUAAGGAAGGUCUCCAUGGGAGAUUGCAAUCACUGGCUCAGGGAACUCUUAAAGCACUGGAAGAAAAUGCCAGCACCAACAUCAACAGUCCCAGUUACCAGCGGAUCUCCACGUACCUCAUCUGUUUCAGUGACCAGCUUAGUGGUCAUCAUUGUUUUAAUUUUAGUCGUCAUCAUCAUCAUCUUCAUGCCCAUCAAGUUCUAAAGGAAAUCAACAGGUGAAAGGUGAGGAAUAGUCUGUCCUCUGGCCUUUGGGUGGCACUGUCUCAGUCUGGUAGGACCUUGGGACAGGUGUGCCACCAGUUUCACCCAAGCCCCUGGCCACGGAUAUCUCUCCAG